CGAAUAGUUGUUGACAUCUUUCUGAGUCAGUGUCACUGUCAGCCCACUUUGACAAUUGUCAAUUUGGAAAUCACUUCAAGUUUCUGCUUGAUAGGAUUGUCUUCUAUCUAUCUGUUAUGAACUGAACGUAAUUAAAGACAGCAGUAUUGAUAUAAGGAAGAUGGAGAUGCCAAUGGCAUCAGCUCAGGGGUCAAGGUCACCACAGCAAUCUAGGUCAAGGCCAAGCCGACCUCCUCCACCUGGGUCACAGAUAUUGAGUGCCAACACAUUAGCCAAACUCCAGGAAUACCAUGAUAGUGCUUUUAGACUUGUGGAGCAAGGACUUAGUGCGGACGAGGAGGGAAAAUCAAACGAUGCCCGUGCUUUCUACGAAAGUGGCACAUCAGCAGUGAACUCUGCCUUAAAAAUUGACUGUGAACAUCUCCAGGGUACGGAAGCAGAGAAAGAUAAGGCCAGAGAGAUUCAGCAGAAGCUGAACAAAACCAAGCUGCAGAUAGAGUACAGGUUGCAGGCUCUGCGAGCAUCAGAAAUCGCUAUGCCAUCAGCCCCAGAAGCGAUGGACUUGGAAGCCCCUCCGAGCUACGAGGCUUCAAUGUCUGACCAACAGUUUGCUGCUCUAGGGGACAGCAUAAUGAGUGCAGAAUCCACAGACAGUCAAAUUCUGACAGCAAAUGCUACAGAGAUAUUUUGCAUACCUAACAAUGUUCAGAUAUUCUUCAUAUCGCCUGAAGGCUAUGUUAGUGCACCAUCAUAUCCAUCAUCAUUGAAAGUUUUCCGUUUCAAUGAGCAGCCAGCUGAGGGGGCAAGCAGUACUAUACAGCCAUCAGCAUUCCUUCAGGUGGGGGAAUGGUUUUACCCGCUACAACCAGGGUCUUCUCCAGCCAUGAGGACUAACUAUGGAGCCUAUGUAUUCCCAGAUCUGCAGUCCACUGUUCCAGGGGCAGCCGUGGGUUUGAUCAUUCCAGAGACGUUACCUCUCACUGAUCGUCAGUGUUUCGAGGAUCUGCUGCAGUCCUUGACCAUGUACCAGCUGCAGCAGUUGACCCCAACAGAGGAACACGCGCAGGCUGAUGAGAGAGUGGCUGGAGAGGACCAGGGGGUGGAGUCAACGAGUACGAAAAUCUCCAAAGGGUUGAUUACUGCUGCAGAGUAUAUAUCCUGGGGUGUGGGCAAGGGCGCUGAGAAAGCCGGGGAGCUGCUGAGGCAGGGAUCCACUAAGCUGCGCGCCCACUUGAAGCCCGAGGAGAGAGAGCGCCCUGUGGACCCACGACUGAAGACUGGCAUACAGUACGUCAGGAAAGGCUCACAUGCUGCCGUCCAAGUCAGCUCUUAUCUAGUCUCCAAGCUCGGUCAGGCCACCAUGGCCCUUGCUAGGCAUGCAGCCCCUCACAUCUGUAGGCAGGGAGAGAAGGUGCUCCCUAAAUCAUUGACAGAGAACAAAGGAGAGGGAAAAUCCACCAUCAAUAGCAUCCUAGAAGUGGCUGCAUCUGGAGUACAGGGAUUCGGAACUGUCUACAUGGGCCUUGAAAAGGCAGCCAAAGCCCUUGGAAAAAGUCUAGCUAAUGAAACGGUCACAGUUGUGGCACACAAGUAUGGCAACGAUGCUGGAGAAUUUACAGAGAACACGCUGUACUCUGUUGGUAACAUAGCGAUGACAGCUCACAACGCCAACAAUCUUGGGGUCAAGGCCAUUGCAAAGAGGGCAGCAAAGGAUGCUGGGAAGGCUGUACUCAGUGACCUGGCAGUUAAGCACAAGAACCAACAGACGCCACCUGAUAAGCCCCCUCCUCCACAGGGGAAUGGACAUACAAAUGGCUUUUGAGGCAAAUUUGGUUGUUUACAGAAGUUGGCUGUUAAUGAUCUAAAGGACAAACAGAUGCUGAUUGAAAAAAAACACUUAUCAAACAGCAUAUGUUGUGUAUAUAAUGAAAGAUUAAAUCAUGUGAUAAUUUUAUGAAAACUUUAAUAACAAUUGAUGACCAAGAACUGUGGUUUUUAACACAAAUUGAUUAUUUUCAAAUUGCAAAAUGUUAUUAAGUGUAAUUGUUCUACCCGUGCAUCUGCCAGUUGGUUAUCUCAAUGUUUAUUCUUUAAUAUUGCAUCAUGAAAGAUUAUGAGUAAAAAUAAGUUCUCUUGAAUUCACCCAAUUAUUUGUUGACACUAUAAUUGUACUAUUGGAAUUUCAAUGCAGUUAAAUAGAUGUUACUGCAUUUACUGCAGAAGUACUCGAAAUAUGUACUCAUAGCCAUGAAUUAUGAUGUCAUGUGUGUUAUCAAUUGAAGUUUAAAUGUUGUGGAUACUUUGUUUCUUUAAAUUAUUAGUUAUAAUCCCCCGCCAGAGGCGAAGGGAUAUUGUUUUGGCGUUGUCCGUCCGUCCGGCACUUUUGUGUCCGGAGCCAUAUCUUGGAAGUUCUUUGGUGGAUUUCAUUUAAACUUGGUAUGAGUAUAUAUAUGCAUAAGAGGAUGAUGCACGCCAAAUGGCAUUGUACACCAUCUGUUAAAAACAGACUUAUGACCCUUUGUAUCUUGAAAAAAUGCUUUUUAGUGUCCUGAGCCAUAUCUUGGAAGUUCUUUGGCGGAUUUCAUUGAAACUUGGUAUGAGUAUAUAUAUGCAUAAGAGGAUGAUGCACGCCAAAUGGCAUUGUACAUUAUCUGUUAAAAACAGACUUAUGGCCCUUUGUAUCUUGAAAAAAUGCUUUUUACUAUAGGCACUUUUGUGUCCGGAGCCAUAUCUUGGAAGUGCUUUGGCGGAUUUCAUUUAAACUUGGUAUGAGUAUAUAUAUGCAUAAGAGGAUGAUGCACGCCAAAUGGCAUUGUACGCCAUCUGUUAAAAACAGACUUAUGGCCCUUUGUAUCUUGAAAAAAUGCUUUUUACUAUAGGCAUUUUAGUGUCCGGAGCCAUAUCUUGGAAGCGCUUUGGCGGAUUUCUUUGAAACUUGGUAUAUGUAAACGUUGCAUGUUUUUGUGGAAAACGCACGACUUAUUAAUUCACCUAAAUAAAUUGUGAAGGCUUAAGAACCUUCCUUUGUCUUAGUUUUGUGUUAUUGUCCUCCGUCCGUCCAUCUAUCAUUAUGUUCAUCCGUCCAAUUUGCACCCAUCCUCAAACAAAGCAUAUGUUGCGGGGGAUACCUUGUGCCUUUCAGGCCCUCUUGUUCAUCAUGUUGGUGUCCAAGAUUCAGUAAAGCUUUGCAACAUACCUUGAAAUCAGUCUCAGGUGACAAACCGUAGAUCAAAAUCAACUCAUGACCUUUUAACGUUUUGAUGAAUUGACAAUUGAAAAAGUUUCAAAUAUGCAAAUGAUUGAUUAACUUUGUCAACACGGAUGGCAGAGUGGUUUAAGCGGUAGACUCUAAUUCUAAGGGUCAGUGGUUCGAGUCUGGGUAUGGAUUCUUUCUUUAAUUUUUUAGUUUGUUUUAUAUUGGAACUCUUUACUUUCAUUGUUCCAAUGUUUACAUUUAUUAAUUUCAAAAAAAGUUUUGACAAACUUCAAAAUUUACCAACAUCUGUGUCCCUUUUGACAUGAAUGUCCUUCAAUCAUGGAAGUUGUAAUAAAACCUUGUUAACUAAUGUAUUGUAAAUAUUAUAAACUUAUUUCUUCCUGUACAUUUUAUAAGUCAAUUAUUUAUCAAAAUUUACCAACAUCUGUGAAAAGGUCCCUUUUGACAUGAAUGUCCUUCAAUCAUGGAAGUUGUAAUAAAACCUUGUUAACUAAUGUAUUGUAAAUUUUAUAAACUUAUUUCUUCCUGUACAUUUUAUAAGUCAAUUAUUUAUGAUAAUCAUGAUGCAUUUUAUCUAUUGUCUAAUAAAAUGUUGUUCGAAUAAAACAUUAAGUACAUCAA